AUGACGUCAACAACAAUACAAUCGACAUCAUCGUCAUCAUCAACAACAACAUCGUCAUCGACAUCAUCAUCUUCAACCACAACAACAACGUCGUCAACAUCAACGACAACAACUGGUUGCUACAGUAUGUUCAACAAUCAAACAGUUUACUCAGUUGUUUCUGCUCCCUUAUCACUGGUGCUAGCAGAUGUAAAUAAUGACAAUAAAUUCGAUAUUGUCGUCGCGAAUUAUGGUUCGAAUAAUAUCGGCGUUCUUCUAAAUUCUGGUAACGGGAUCUUUUCGUCUCAGAUUACCUACCCAGUUGGUUCAGUUCCAUAUUCCGUAGCAGUAGGUGAUAUGAAUCGUGACAAUAAAGUCGAUAUUGCUGUCGUAAACUAUGGUGCAAAUACCAUUAGCGUUCUUCUCAACCGAGGUAAUGGAACGUUUCUCUCUCAAGUUACUUACACAGCUGGUUCCUAUGCCUACGCAGUAGCAGUAGCUGAUGUGAAUAAUGAUAAUGCGUCGGAUAUUGUUGUUGCAAACGCUGGAUCGAGUAACGUCGGUGUUCUACUCAACAAAGGCAACGGAAGUUUUUUUUCUGAAAUUACUUAUCCAGUUGAUAGCAUUCCGGUGUCAGUACAAAUGGGUGAUGUAAAUAAUGAUAAUAAAAUCGAUAUUAUUGUCGUAAACUAUGAUUCAGGUACCGUCAGUGUUUUGCUAAACAUAGGUAGUGGAACAUUUUCUUCUCAGACUACUUAUUCAGUCGGUUCAGAUCCGCAAUCGUUAGCAGUAGGUGAUGUCAACAAUGAUAAUAACAUCGAUAUUGUCGUCGCAAAUUCCGGUUCGAGCUCCGUUAGCGUUCUUCUGAACCGAGGCAAUGGAACGUUUCUGUCUCAAAUUACUUAUUCAACUGGUACUAGUCCAUAUUCAGUAGUAAUCGGCGAUAUGAAUGGUGAUAAUAACCAAGAUAUUAUUGUCGCAAAUUCUGGUUCGAAUACCACCGGUGUUCUUCUCGGUACAGGCAAUGGAACAUUUCUUUCUCAAUUAAGUUACUCGGUUGGUUAUCGUCCAGCAAUUCCAAUUGAAAGAUUUAAAUCAACUGAUAUAAUGCCUACUGAUAAAGAUACAAUAAAUAAUUUAUUAAAUUCAUUUCGAGAUGAUCAACAAGGACAUAUUCGACAUUGUGAAAAUAUAGAAAAAAGUUUCGUUUUGGAUUUUUUUCCUCUUGAUGUAAAUGAUUAUACUGAAGUUGAAUUUCAUCAAACUCAAACAUAUAUUCGAUCAAUGGAUUAUCUAAGUUUUGGUGAAUGUAAACCAAUGGGUUUAUUACUAAAAUGA